GCUCAACCCGACUCUGUGACGCUGUCAACACGACUCGUAGACUGCGGAAUUGAGCACAAGCUGGAAGUUCGUUUCGACCCUACUUGUAUCGCGCCGAUCUCCAGCGGCGCGCCCCGCGAUACCCUCUGAGCUUUCCUCCUUCCUGCAAAGCUCGGCACCAUGAGCUUCACGAACAUGCUCAACCGCCUGCAUGGGCAGCCCGAGAGCUACGAAAAGAAGGCCAAGUACCGCUUCGGCCGCACCCUGGGUGCCGGCACGUACGGCAUCGUCAGGGAGGCGGAAGGCCCCGAUGGCCCCGUCGCUAUCAAGGUCAUCCUGAAGAAGGUCGUCCGGGGCAAUGAGCGCAUGGUGCUCGACGAGCUAGAGAUGCUCCAGCGUCUAGACCACCCGCACAUUGUCAAGUUCGUCGACUGGUUUGAAUCGAAAGACAAAUAUUACAUCGUCACCGAGCUUGCGACUGGCGGCGAGCUGUUCGACCGGAUCUCCCAGCAGGGACGGUUUACCGAGAAGGAUGCAUCCCAGACCAUCAAGCAGGUCCUGGACGCCGUCAACUAUCUGCACCAGAACAAUGUCGUUCACCGCGACCUUAAACCCGAGAACCUCCUCUACCUCACCAAGGCCCCGGACUCGGACCUGGUUUUGGCCGACUUCGGCAUCGCAAAGACGCUCCACAGCAAGGAUGAGGUGCUCAGGACAAUGGCCGGCUCGUUCGGCUACGCCGCGCCCGAAGUGAUGAUGAAGAUGGGCCACGGCAAACCCGUCGACAUGUGGUCGCUCGGCAUCAUCACCUACACUCUGCUCUGCGGCUACCCCCCUUUCCGCUCCGAGGUCCUCCAGGAUCUGAUCGAUGAGUGCAACGCCUGCAACGUGGUGUUCCACGAGCGGUACUGGAAGGACGUCAGCAACGACGCCAAGGACUUCAUCUUGAAGCUGCUGAGAGCAAACCCCGCCGAGCGGUGGACGAGCGAGCGCGCCCUCGCCCACCCGUGGCUCAGCGGCAAGAACGCGACCGACCACAACCUGCUGCCCGAGAUCCGCGCCUACCUCGCCCGCGCGCGGCUGCGGCGCGGCAUCGAGAUGGUCAAGCUGGCCAACCGCAUCGAGGCGCUCAAGAUGCAGGAGGAGGACCCGGACAACUCGGACAUGCCCAAGGACGCCACGCUGGCUGCGGACCAGAGCCGCCACUUCAAUCCCUCGGAUGCUAACAACGGCGGUGAGGACAGCGGCACCGCCGGCGGCAAGCGCAAGCUGUCCAAGACCAUCAAGGGCGCCAUCUUCCGCGAGGUCGUCCUCGCAAAGGUGCGCGAGAUGAAGGAGCAGGAGGAGACCCAGAAGAUCACGGAGGAGGCGGCCAAGAAGGUUUCAUAAAGGUGGGGUGAGAAGGAAGGGGGCUAGGGGAUGAUACCACGGUGGGCAGUAAAUUACUGAAAAAUAUAACAUGAGAAGAAGGGGGGGCAUGGGGGGAGGGAUCUGAAAAC